AUGUAUCGGAAGUUGUCUAAGUUAGAACACUCGGAAAUAAAACAACUUCUUACAGAAGCUAAUAUAGAUGUUGCAAAGCAUUACGCAACAAACAAAAAAGCACUCGCUGACGUCCUCAAUGACUAUAAUGGUGCAAUAAGUUAUGAUAGAAUUCAUGAGUUCAUAAAGCCGCAACGCGGCGAGGACGAAGUCCAUGCAAGAGCAUUUCCUUUAAAUGACGUUGCUAUUGACUUAUAUCAUAGACGUUCAGUACCUCAUGAAGUAAGAAGAGAAAUGUUUGACAUAACAAAUGCAAACGUUGGUGAAACAAGAAGAAGAGACGACACACUGAAACAACAGAGAAGAGAGAUGUUUAAGAGCGCUAUAGAACAAGUUCGCAAAGCUAACGAUGUCAUUCGUUCCAUUGACGACAAACCAAAAGAAGGUGAGAGAUGGUUAAAGAAAGAUGAAGAGAAUAGGAAGUGA